AUGGCGCCGACGCCAAGAAAUACCAAUAUCUCCAUUUAUGAUUGCUUGUGCCUCGGAGAACCAGACAGCGAAGAUGAAAUUUUCGAGGAAGCGCCAGCAAUGGACGAAUUAGAAUCUUCCGAAGACGAAGUAGAGCAGGAUCCAUAUCCGGGAAUCACGGCAGCACUUAUCGAGACGCAAGAAUACAUUCACAGGUUUAUUCCACCUCCGUUUUUGGUGUAUCCGGAGUCAAGACUCAGCUGGAACGUUUUCUACACGAGCUGCUAUGUCGAAUUCACUGUCGUUUUCGGGCCAGCGUACCCAGAACGAACGAAACUUGUCAAUAUCUGGUGCAUGAGCAAAUAUCACAACUUUCCAUUCCUCCGCGAAGGUGAAGUCAUUUUGAACCGUUUGGUUUCAGAGGACGAACUUCCAGAUCCAAAUAUGGAUCAUCGUCAAUUCGUAGCUAACAUGGGCGUGAAGAAGCUUUUGAUACAACUUGAUAAGAGAAUCAACGAGUAUCUUGAAAAACAGGCGAGAAAACGAAGACGGGAUACACUUUAA